AAUAAAAAAUAAAACGAUGAAAGUGCAUUUCAUAUCUUAUCGCAUUGGAAUGAAGAGUUCACAUCAACGCACCUACGUAUGUACAUGCAUAGAUAAAAGUUUGAUGUGUAUGACACAUGUAUGGCAUACACACAUACGAAUUUGUAGCUUUAAACUGUAAAAAUACAUACGGAAAGAAGCUAAUCUUAUCUUUUAUCUGGAAAUAUUGGAAGUAAAAUUCCACAAGCUUGACUGGCAAGCAACUUCGAUGCCUUCAUUUCCGACAGUUCACAUUUGUACCAAUAGAGUUCUAUACUCUCUGGAAAAUAUUGCAUUCGCCAUGCACAUUUAUUUGUAUUUGUCCUUCGCUCUAUUCGCAUUGACAAGGUACGUUUUAGCUGAAGUUAUCGAUGCCAAUGAAGUGGAACGAUUUUGCUAUCCUGAGGAACACAAGAAUACCCGAAAAUCAUGUGAGUGUAGCAAUGAGAAUGCGCCACCAUGGGGUAUUCGGGCGAUAAACAUUGACUGCAGUUAUAAGAGCCUGAAAACAGUUGAUUUCUCUGAAGUGCUGCCGCUCUAUGUGAAUACUCUGGACUUGUCAUGGAAUUCAGUCAACGAAGUGCCGACAUUGGCCAGUGACAGUCUUCGUGUUCUAAAUGUGAUGCACAAUAAUAUCACUUCUAUAACUAAUAAAAAAUUUGUUAAGGUUACUAAUCUUCGCGAGCUAUAUUUGGGUUGGAAUAGUAUUCAAUCUGUUGAGUUGAGCGCAUUCGAUGAGUUAGCUCACCUGCAAGUGCUGGACUUGUCUCACAACAAUAUACACGCCUUAGGUCUGCAGCUCUUCCGCCCAUUAAUUGUGUUGGAAACAUUGGAUCUGUCGUGGAACCGCCAGUUGAAUGAAACAGAGAAUAUUCAAGAUCAGGACUUUUAUCGCACUUUUGGGGUGAAUUCGAAACUUCGCACUUUGCGAUUGCAAGCUUGCAGUUUAACCGAUUUAGUGUUGUCAGAGAAGGCUGCACUCGUUCGACUAGAUUUACGUCGUAAUAUGCUAGAGAAAAUUCCGACGAAAUUACCAACAAAUUUGGAGAAACUUGAUAUAAGUGGAAAUCUGUUUGGCACAAUUUCACCAGCAGUUACAGCUAACUUAUCUGCAGUAUUGAGCGAGCUGUAUUUGGAGGAUAUGCCGCGCCUGCAGUCUAUUGAAAAAGAUGCGUUUCGCACGAUGACUGCAUUAAAAACGAUUAGCUUCCAGAAUAGUCGUCGACUAAAUAAGUUCAGCAGUGAGGCAUUUGGCUCUGGUAGCCACUUUCCAGAGCUACGUACUCUCAUUUUUCGUGGCACUGCAAUGGGCACAUUUAAUGCCACUUUGGCGCCACUUUUCAAACAACUCACCGAAUUGGAUCUCAAUGGCACGCCGCUUAAUUGCGACUGCGAAUUAGUAUGGAUCAAAGAGUUGGCCUUGGAAACGAGCGGACGUUGUUACAAUCCGUCUCGCUUGAGAGGUGAGAGCCUUACAAAUGUGGAAAAGUCCGAUUUCAGUUGUCCCCAUUGGCCUCAUUGGGUAGGUGGGCUGUUUAUUUUUGGCCUCAUAUUGUUAUGUGCAGCUGGUAUUUAUGCCGUUGUUAUGUGUUUACGUCCAAACAGAGGUGGGGUAACGCUACGCCGCAAGGUAGGUUCUGGCAGUCCAUAUGCCAGAGUUACUAUUGAACCAAAUAGACAAGAAAACUAUUAUUGAAUUCGCUUUUUGCUGAGUCUACUUAAAUUCAGACAAACAUACAUAUGUAUGUACAUAUCGUGGAAGAAAUAUAUGUAGUAAUAGAAAACUGCCGGAUCUUACUGUCGAGAAGUGCGUGUGCAAAUAUUUUGUAUUAUAUUUUUUCUACUUUUAAUAAAAUUCAACAAUUGUCGGCCCACACACUUCAAAUU